CCGGCACCGACACAAAAAUUGUCAUCAGAAGUCAGUAUUUUUAUGAUGUUUCCGUUCUUCAUGUUCAUCUAUUAUGUACAACUACUUUUGUUCACUACGACCACGUUGACCUUCAUUUGAGUAUACAUUAAAGGAGAGUCGUUUACGUACAGAGGACCCUGAAAAUGAUGAAUCUUAAACGUGAGCGUAGUGCCAGCGAGGAGGCGACAGACCACGAGCUUAAGAAGCUGAAGGAGGAGCUCACUUGUUCCGGAGCAGUAGGACAGGAGCUUCCGAAUUUCUUAGGCCAAAAUCUUAUGAACAAACGGACACGCUUGUGGAGGAGGUCAAAAUUUGGGGAAAUUUAGGGGAUAUUAUGGCUCCCUAAUUUUCCCUAAAAUUCGUAUGUGGGUUUACGCGUGUCCGUUUGUUUCUAAAAAUCACGACAGAAGUGGAAGUGCCUCUUCUGGCUUGGGAAGUGCAGGAAGUGGCAAAAUCAUCACCACAACGCCAGUGGCAAAUGGCAGUGGGGGUCCGAAUCAUGUUCAUAGCAUCAUGGAAACGGGGGCGAUCGCUGGAGCUGGAAGUAUGAACGUAUCAGAAAAUGUCUCCACAACGUCAAGUAGAAAUGCAACCGUUGCUGAUGGUGUUGGAGAUAAGCAGCAAAUGCCGACAAGCGCAGGUAGUGCUGGACGUGAACAAGACCAGAAUGGAAAAAUAAGCGUCGAAGGUGGUAACCACGGCGAAAGGGCAAAGGAGACUCCUCGUGUAGGCGGUGCCUCUAGCUCAUCUUCCACAAGUGCGCUCGUUGAGAUCGACGAGACAAAUGAGGAGUUGCUAGCUCAAGUCACUGUGCCGCCAAACCCCUUUGGGGAAACGACUGAGACCCCACGUGCUGCGGAAAGUGCUUUUGGUGUUGGCUCGUUCUUCCUUCCAAGUAAGCGGGAACAAGCAGGUACUGGUGAGAAGUUGGGCUUGGGAUCGUCUUCUGCAGUUGGUCUACUUGGUAUUUCUUCUGGGCCUGCUCCUGAUUCAACUCCGUCUACUGUGGCAUCAGGCCUGGACACGAAGCCUGCAGGCGGACUCUUUUCAACAUCUGCGUCCACCGGGACAUUUGGCUCAUUUGGGUCUGGUAAAGAUACCGUGGUGACCAACUUCUUUAUUGGUUUAUAUGCAUGUGCUUUCAUAGCCACAGUGGUGAAAUUGCAACUGUCUGGCUUCCUCCCAUGUGAUUGCAAUUUUUGUUGUCCUGUCUCGUGAACAUAAGUAAGUGUAAGUGUUAUACUAAAAAGAAAAACUUGGUUAUACUUCUGAAACAUAGCAGGUACCUCUAGUUCGUCAACGGGUGGCUUUUUGUCGUCACUAGGGAAGCACACUGGUGGAUUUGCCGCACUUUCCGCAUCGUUAAAGAGUGCAGGACAAGACGGUACUGGUACAUCACAGACGAGUACAGGUGGAUGGGGCACGAUGUCCUCUUUUCUCAAACCGCAGUCAACAUUUUUUGGGGCAAAGCCUCCAAGUGAACAAGCUGCGACAGGAGGCGGUCUGUUUUUCAAGCUGAGUCCUAGUACAACCCCCUCAGCACCAGGCGCUGCUGUUGCACCGUUAUUCUCGACAAGUUGUAGCGGAACAUCAACUAAAAGUUCUAAUGCUAGUCGUGUUACAACCACAACCAGCUUCUUGUUCGCAAACGCGAGUGCGAGUCCCGGGGUCGUGCCCGCUCCUUCAUCGUCGCUUUCUUCGAACACCGGAAGUACUCCAGGUAGCACAAUAUUUUCAGGUCCAGAGGAAACACAUGAGCAGGAUUCAACAUCAAAUGCGGCGAUUUCUAAGACUAGAGUGCCUCCAGCCACGCUAAAGCAGGCGCGUGAGAUUGCGGCUAGAAUCACUAAUUCUGUUGGGUCUGUAGGGGCUCCUCCGUCGAAGGAACACGUGUUAUUCGAGGCGCCAUGUAAGGCUUUCGAACUCCGGAGGCAGGUACUUAUGGUUUUCUUGGUCUUCUGAUACUGAUUUUUAUGAAAUGCACUCCGUAACCGUAGUUGUUGAACUUGCAAAGACGUUUAUUGUAGUUUUCACGAACUUUUACUUUUGGGAACAAAUAUGAAUGAAUGUAAUACUUCGCGAUUGACGAGGACUGUGACACUCAUAUGAACUCUCUCAGACCUCUGAAGAGAGGCAACAAGCAGCGGCGACGAAGGAGAAAGCUGCACCAGAAGGCACGACGACGUUGUCCUGGAAGCAGAGGACUGACAUUGGACUUCUCUGUCUGACGCUGCACGAGGAGAACAAGAUGGCUGCGGGAACAGCGUCAUCGUCGAGCGCUGAUAGUAUUAAGACUUCCCUCCGGAGAUUUCCCAUUUUGGAAAGCAUCUUGAACCUCUCGCGCAAGGGGGAAUCGGGUCCAAGAUGCAUCUCAAAAUGGGGGAUAAUUCCCGGAACAAGGUCUAAUGAUACCCUUGCUGCGCAACCGUCAGAAGCAGGUAGUAGCUCGUCACCUCUUCGACUCGCGGUUCGUCAAAAAGGAUCGCUGCGGCUAGUCUUGAAUACACCGAUAUUGCUGCCAGAGGGUCGUGCUUCAUCUGAGCCUUCUACUGCGCCAGCUGCUUCGAAUCCAAAAGAAUCAAAAACGGGAGAAGCAUCUGAUUCUGAAGCAACAGCUUCUUCAUCUUGUGGUACAACUAAGAAUGACAAAACUUCUUCCUCCUCUUCCUCACACAACAUUAAUAGAGUUGGUAGCAAUUCGGUUUCUUUCCUGGGGAUUGGCGAGGAGGACGGAAAAGCAGUCCCUGCUUUCUAUCGCUUGAACCUGAUGGGUAAUGAGAAGCGGGAAGCCUUCAUCACGAUGCUGGAGACGGUUAUUGCGGAAUUGAAAAGAUGACGACUUCUGAGAAGCUGCUAUCUGAAUGUGAUUUCUGACAACAUGAUCAAACCACGAUUUAACAAACGUUUUUUUAUCAGAUUUUGCUAAUCAUGUUGGAGGCUUCCUCCACCAGAGAAACCCCGUCCCCCAUCCUUUCGGGGAGCCCCCAUCCUUUAAAUAUAAUUGUGAAUGUUUUCAAAAUGACCAUCACCUGUGGAUCCUUCAAGAAGAUUGC